AUGGGAGGUAGGCUACCGUUUUUAAUUUUUUUUAUUUUUUAGAUUUAAAAUGCACUUUUUGAAGCUGGAGGGGUAAAUGAGGGGAUGAGAGGGCGGGUUAAAAAAAGUUUAAAAACCCUUUUUUCUUUUUUGUACUGUAAAGAAAGUUCUUGCCAUUUUUAGUGUUGUAAAGAAAGUUCUUGCCAUUUUAAGCCUUGUAAAGAAAGUUUCUGCCGUUUUUUGUUUUGUAAAAAAAGUUCUUGUCAUUUUUUGUUUUGUAAAGAAAGUUCUUGCCAUUUCUUAGACUGUAAAAACACAUUGCCAACUUUUCAUGUCCGACCUAAGCCCGGGUCCAACUUUUGGGAUCGACCGUUGUUAUUUGUUCGUAAACCGGUCCGGCUUUGCCAAAGAAUUCUAGGCCAGCCCGGCUUCGUAAAAAAAAUUCUAGGCCGGUCCGGCUUUGUUAAAAAAUUUUAGGCUGGCCCGGCUUGGUAAAAGAUGUUCAAGACUUGGCCUGGAUCUACUUUUUCAUCUUAACCCGCGACUUGGGCCCAACUUUUAGGCCCGAUCCGUUUCAACUUUAGCUUAAGGCUAACCCGUAUUUUAGAAUUGAGCCGGGCCUACACAGCCCCUUUCUCGCUCAUAAUUGACGUUUUUUGUAAACUUCUAUACAAAAAGAAAUGUCAUACCAUUUGAAAGUUUGGUUUAAACUAUCAAGUGGAAGUUCAGUUUAUUUUGUGAUAAUACAAAAAGAUAUUCUUCAUUUCACAUUUUAAACUACAAAAAGUGCAAGUUUUAACUGCUUUUUAUGAAAAAAAGAAGAUUUUUGGCCAAAAUUUUAAGAUUUUUGCAAUUUUUUUAUUAUUGAUGGGCAUGUGAAAGAUUAAAAGUAUCUUAGCAGUAAUAAAAAGUUUGUUAGAAGCACAUGAACAAGGAUUUUUGACCCAAAUCUAAAAAUUUUUGUCAUGGAUAAUAUAACUUUGAUGUUGAAUAUCUUGGUUUCUAUGUGGGAUUGGGCCCUAAAAGUAAUUUUUUGACAAUAAGAGAGUCAUUUGUGAUAUAUAAACGUAAAUUUAGCUUUGUACUAGAUUUUUUUGUCAUGGAUAAUAUAACUUAGAUUUUGAAUAUCUCGGUUUCUGUAUGUGAUUGGGUCCUAAAAGUAAUUUUGUGGCAUUAAGGGAGCUAUUUUUGAUAUAUAAACGUAAAUUUAGUCUUAUAUUAUGACUUUUUUUUGUCAUGGAUAAUAUAACUUUGACUAUGGAUAACAUCCGUUCGAGCUUACGUUGUUCAAAAACCUUUUGAAACAGUAAAAGUUUUAGCAUUUUUUAUUCAUAUUUUUUAUAAUUUUAAAUUUUGAAACACGAUUUUUAAAAAUAAAGCUAAAAUUAUAUUAUUCUUGACCUUUUUGACCAUGAACAAUAUAAUUUUAAUGCCCAAUCAUAAUAAACCCAAAACUACUUAAAACAAUCACCUUCAACAUCACACAUGCACAUACGGUUAAAAUUAGCCUUUAGGGCUUGUUUUUAUCGCUCUUUUCUGAUACGUUUUGAUCCCUUUCGACAGACUGAUCAAGUGCAACUUGACUCUCGAAUAAAAAAUAAAAGUGCUGAGGGUUCUUUCUUUUUUUUGCGGAGAAACAAAUUCCAUGUAAUUUCACAUGGUUUUGGGUUACUUUUAUCGGAUUUGCGGAUAAGUUACAACUGAAAACGAAACUUCAAAGAUUAAAAUUGGGCUGAAAUUUGAGGUAACUUAAGGUUUUUCGAAAAUGGAAAGAAAGUUUUCGAAAAAAAUAAAAAGUUUUUUUCAAAAUAUAAUUUUUCAAAAACUUUUACAAUAUAUUUUUUAAUUUUAAUAAGGUUUUUUAAAUUUUUAAUGCCAAAAUCAAUCAUUUUUCGGAGCGGAUUCGAACCCAUUUUGAAUAAUCAAGCGCACCGUUGCUUAACUUGCCAGAUCGGACGGGAGCGCUUCCUCGCGUUUUCUUCGUUGGGAGAAGAACGAUUGUUUGGGCCGGGUUCGAAUCCGCUUGGAAGACAAGGUUGUUUUUAGCCAAAUUUGGUGGUUUAAAAACUUUUAAUGGGUAAAAUUGUGUUUGCUAUGGCAAAAAAAUAGUUUUUUAAUUAUUUUUUAAAAAAUAAUAUUAAAAAUCUUGGCAAAAGUUACUUGAAAAAUUUAAUUUUAAAGCAUUUUUAUGCCUUUUUUAAGUCAAAUUUGUUAAAUUUUUUUUCUUUUUUAACAUCAAAUCCACUGAAAAUUCUUUAUUUUGCCAUUUCAAGCUAUUCCAAUCUAUAAUUGAUCAAAAUUUUAGUUGAAGAUUCCCCAUCCGCGUCCUCAUCGUCGUCGCACGUGAUCACGAAUCACUUGGCUACCACCAACGCUUCGCCGAUGCGGUCGCUUUCAAGUGCCUCCGGCGGUUUGUACAUAAGCGCACCGGGGAAAAUCAUAUUGUUUGGCGAGCACGCUGUUGUUUAUGGGAAAGUGAGUGUUUUGCCAUACCUUAUUCUACCCCCAUCUUACUUCAUCGUACCCUACCCUACUCUAACCUACUUUACUUUACCCUACCUUAGCCUACCUUAUCCUACUUUUCCCUACCCUAUCCUGCCCAAAAGUUUAAGCAUGACCUUUUACAGACUGCCAUUGCGGGCUCGAUUGACCUGCGCACGUAUGUGUCACUGUUUACCUCGGCGGACGGACGAAUAUACCUCUCAUUGCCUGAUUUGCAAGUCGAACGAACCUGGAUGUUGAAGGAUUUGCUUAAAGCCGGCGAACGAUUAGCAAGUGAGUUGGACUAAGCUUGUUUUAUAUUAGUUUGUACUCUUAUUCUCAAGUAAAAUCGCUGUGGGACCUAGGUUUGAAAGGAGUUCCACUAGACUUGGCUUUGAAACUUGAAAAGGGCAGGCUAGGCUCCUGCCCUGGGGCUCACUAGGCCUUAGACCUUGCUCUGGGACAUGAAAAGAAACUUAGUCAUAGCCUUUUCUGUAGGAUGUGAAAGAGGACCCACUAGGCCCGGUUUUGCCUUGAGGAUCUAUAAAUUUAAUUUUUGGCGGGAAAAAUGAAAUUUAAAUUUAAAAAAAAUUUUUUUUUGAAAUUUAAAAGUUUUAAGUUUUUUAAAGUUUGACCAAGAUUUAGAAGAUGUAAAACACAAAAACUCAUCAUUUUAGCUAGGUUUGUCACAUAGUUUAAGCUUCUUUAACAAAUCAUGAAAAUUUGAAUUUUUAUUUUCCCACCAAAACUUAAAGUCUUUAAAAUCGAGGUUUAAAUAUAAAACUUUAGUUACAAAAUGACGUUUUAAGUAAAGGUGAAAAAUAUUUUUCUAUUUCAAGCUUUUAAAAUUUUAAAUAUGCAUUUUCCCGCCAAAACUUAAAAUUUUCAAAAAUUAUUAAAUUUAAUCAAAAUAUGAAGAAAAAACACAGCGUAGCCAUGUGACAAACUCUGAUAUUCCAAAAGCCCCGUAUAACUAAUACAAUUGCAGCUGAAUGUCCGCUGAACGACGACGGCCCGCCGUCCUUGGAACUGAUCGUGCCGAUCGCGCGCAAACUCUCCGGCGCCUGCGAAGACCAGUGCGGCGUUCAACACUUGGCCAUUCUCGCAUUUUGGUAUUUGCUCAUUGGAAUUGUUCAACGAAAACGGUACGUUCUUUCAGAUGGCAUUCGGUUUUUAUCGAUAUUUUUACGUUUUUCACAUUUCUAGCGCUUUUUGUCUUUUCUAGGGGAUUUGUACAAACUUUUGCAAUAAUGUCUUUAUUGGGCUUAAUAAGGGGGCUCACUAGGCUUAAUCGCAGGCCGAGCAAACUCAAAUUUUAAAUCAGCUGGGUCGGGCCGAACCCCACUUGAAAGUGGCUGGCCAGACCUGGCGGGCCUAGGGCUUAGAGUGUGCAAUUAGACUUAAAAGUGGCCUCAAUUAGACAUAAAAGGGGCCUCACUAUGCCCUAUGUGGUCGUGGGCCGUGUAGGGCCAAACAAAAAAAAAUUUCAAAUUGGCCGGGACGAAUUGUACAAGCUUUAGGGCUGUUUAUAAAGAAGACCCCAAGGACCCGGCUCAGGGCCUGCAACUAGGCCUGAAAGGCAACCCACUAGGCUCAGUCUGGUCUUGGGUUGAGUUGAUUCAGGAUAAAAAAUUUGAAUAUGGUUGGCUUGGGCUGGAUCGUAUGGGCCCGAAAUUAGGGACUAAAUGAAGGUCUUAGAGACGCAACUUAGGUCUUACAACGAAAGAUUUUACUGGUUAAAAUUGUAAAAAGGUCAAAGCAAACUUGAAAAGCGCUAGGACGACAAAUCCGAGCCUGAGGCUUAGGGCCCAGACCAAGUCCCGGGUCUUGACAAAACAGUGGACCUGUUCCGGUCUCCUUACAAGUCUACUCUUAGCUAGUUAUUAAGUUAUUAUAUAUUAUAUGUUGCGUCUUUGGUUUAUUGCACCGUGUCGUAGUAGUAAUCACAACAUUAUGAUGUUCAACUAUUUAUUUUUUUUAGGUCAAAAGUCUGUGUUCAUUUUUGGUUAAACAGGGCUAAUCUUUUCACUGUUUUGUGUAAUUUAUAAAAUCUUUAGGCUUGCUUUUAUUAAACUUGUCUUCUGUUUAACAAGUACCAAACCCGCUCCGCUUUGAUUGACUUUAAAAUUUUUAUAUAGAAAGAUCAUGUUAAUAUAAGGUCUUCAGCAAAGUACUAAAUUGCGCUUUCCAGGAAAUCCCGAAAAAAUCGAAAUAAAAAAUUACGUUUUGAAUUUCCCGCCAAAUUGGCAUUGUGUUUCAAGCAUAUAACUUUGUCAUUUUUUAAAUUUUAAUAAUUUUUCUUUGAUAUCCUACUGGAAAACCUUUAAAUGAGCCUACAUUUUUAAAUUUGUAAAGCUUGUCUGAAAAGCCGAAAAAAGUGCUUGAAACGCAAUGCCAAAUUUGUCUAUAUUGGCGGGAAUUCAAAUAUUUAAAUGUUAAAACUCAAAAGGGCGAGCUAAAAUUUUUUAUGGGCUGGUGGUACAAAGGAUUCAUAUUCAAAUUUUCAGCUGGUUCUGAGUCGGGCAGGUUGGGUACUUUCCUUGUUAAUUUGCCUAAGGGCAAGUCUUAAAAAGUCAUUUCAAAGAAGUUUUCAAAAAAUCAUUUAAAAGUCAAUUCAAGUCUUUUUCUUACUUUUUUUCAUUUUUUUCAAUUUUUGGUGAUUUAGGGCUUUGGAAUUGGUCCAUGGACCGGAUUCUACACCUUUCCCUUGUGAACUGACCGAUCCCAAAACAAAGUUGGUAGUUUUUUUUUCGGUGUGCCGUUUCUUAACCUUCUACCCUUUCUUUGCUUGGUUACCUGUGUUUAAAAAUGGUUCUGUGUGAACUACCUUGACAUUUUUAAGCUUUACUUAGGAGUACUGUAGGUACUGUAACUACUUGUGAGUAUUGAGAGUACUGUAACUCCUUAUGAGUACUGCAGGUACUGUAACUACUUAUGAGUACUGUGAGUACAGUAACUAUUAUAGUUAUGAGUACUGUGAAUACUGUAACUAUUAUACUUAUAAGUACUUUAAGUACUGUAAUUAUCUAUGAGUACAGUGAGUACUGUAACUACUUAUGAGUACUGUGAGUACUGUAACUAUUAUAGUUAUGAGUACUGUGAAUACUGUAACUAUUAUACUUAUAAGUACUUUAAGUACUGUAGCUACUUAUGAGUUCUGUAGGUACUGUAACUACUUAUGAGUACUGUGAGUACUGUAACUAUUAUAGUUAUGAGUACUGUGUAUACUGUAACUAUUAUACUUAUAAGUACUUUAAGUACUGUAAUUAUCGAUGAGUACAGUGAGUACUGUAGCUUACUUAUGAGUACUGUGUGUACUGUAACUAUCAUACUUAAUUCACUUACUGUGAGUCCUGUAAAAAAUUACGAGUACUGAGAGUACUGUAACUACUUAUGAGUACUGUGUGUACUGUAACGACUUACGAGUACUGAGAGUACUGUAACUAUUUAUGAGUACUGUAGGUACCGUAACUACUUAUGAGUACUGUGAGUAAAGUAACUACUUACAAGUACAGUAAGUACUGUAAUUACUUACGAGUACCGUAAAUACUGUAACUAUGUGUUCUUUCUCUUGUCCAGCCUGUCCUUAUUCUUUUCUGCUUGAUAUACGUACGUGCCCUUUUAAAAUUGUUUUUUGAAAUGAAAUGAGUGUGUUUCAUCACUACUAUUGAUUUUUCUACAGUAUAACUUGAAAUGUUGUUGGACUGCUUGAUGUGGUUAACAUAUUAAUCAUGUUUUAAUACUCACUAUGACGCUUUUCAGGGAUUUGCUAGCGGUCAAAUGCACCGUCCGAUUUAAACUGCCUGCUUGUGUUGGAUUGGGCUCGUCAGGUAGGCUUUGGGCGUGGGAGGAUGGGGUGGAAUAAGGGAGAUUAGUGUAAGAUAAAGUAGGGUGGUGUAAAGUUGGUUUGUUAGGUAGGCCGGCGGAGUAUGGUAGGGUAGGGCAAAUUGGGGAAAAGUGGCGCUCGUCAGGUAGGGUUUCGGUGGGGUAGGGUAGAGUUGGUAAGGUAAUGUUGGGCUCAUCAAGUAGGCUUAAGGCUUAUUUUCAAAAAUUUUUAGGUUUGUGUAAAGUACAGUAGGAUGACUUUAGGUAGGGUAGGGUAAUUAGACACGAGGAACGGGCCGGGCCUACCAUUGGAUCAGACCGGACCGGCCUUGACGCAAAUUUAAGUUGGAUCGUGCUUGAAAGUCUAGGUCCAGCCCGGCCCGUUUGCACGUAAAAAAAUUGGGCCGAGCCAGGCUUUAACAAAAUUUAGGCUUGAAAAAUGGGUGUGGCCUUUUCCUUAUGUCUAGGGUAGGGUAGGGUGGGGUAGGGUAGGGUAGGGUAGGGUAGGGUAGGGUAGGGUAGGGUAGGGUAGGGUAGGGUAGGGUAGGGUAGGGUAAGGUAGGGUAGGAUAGGGUAAGGCAUGGUAGGAUUGAAAAUGUCAUCCUUGUCUACUUUCAGGUGCUUUUUGUGUAUGCAUCGCAACCGCGCUGUUACAGACAGCCGGCUUAAUCCCACCGCCUCACAUUCAAGUCGAUGAUGAAGGUGCGUUGACCUGGGACGAAGUUCAUUUGGACAUGAUUCGAAAAUGGUCGGCAGCGGCCGAAAGUUUGAUUCAUGGCCGCGCUUCUGGCCUGGACGCUGCCAUCUGCACUUAUGGGGGUUUGGCGCUGUAUAAACCGACCAAACGCAUCGAAAACUUACAAAAGUAGGUUAAUAUUGGCUUGAAAGUGCAGUUUUGAUGGUUAUUUUACUGUAAUUCUUUGUCUAUUUUAGUGUGCCUGACCUGAAAGUGAUCUUAGUCAACUCGAGGGUGGAGCGGAAUACGACGCGUUUAGUACAGACGGUUCGAGAUCGAUUCAAAAAGGUAUGACAUUUUUUCUAUUAGUUCGUUUACUUAAUACUGCGCCCCUUAGAAUGCCUUGCCCUUGCCCUUGCCCUUGCCCUUGCCCUUGCCCUUGCCCUUGCCCUUUCCCUUGCCUUGCCCUGGCCUUGCCCUGGCCUUGCCUUGGCCUUGCCCUUGCCCUUGUCUUGCCCUUGCUCUUGCUUUUUAUGAAAAUAUCCAACCGCACAGUACCGUACACCACCUUUUACGAAAAUACUGUAGCCUUUAUCGUAUACUACCGUACUCUUUCAGUUCCCCAAGGUGAUUGACGGGAUUCUGGAGUCAAUUGAUGCCAUCUCACAAGAAGCGGCCCGAAUUCUUCAGAGGCCGUUAAACGACGAGAAUGGCUCACAAAUUGUUGAAAAUGGCGGCCGAUCUGCUACUCUAACGCCUUCCUUCACCACCGAGCCUGAACACAACAGUCUACAGGUCAGUUUACUAUAGUAAUCACGUUAUAAUAUAGGUUGUUUACUGUAAUUUAUGCUUUAAUAUAUAAUUUGACAAGUUUUACGUAAGCUGUAGUAUAGUAUAGAUUAGGAUAUAGUUAUGAAUGUGUUCGUUUGUUACCUAUUCGUCCGUUUUUUGUAUUUUUAGGUAACAAAAUUUAAAAAAAUGUCAUUUCAUAGCGUUUUUAAUUAAAAAAAAUUGGUUUGCCAUUAAAACAGACGUUUUUCAAGUUGUUUUGCUGUUUUAUAACAUACUUUGUAGUGAUUUUACUUUACAAUAACAUUUUACAAAAAUUUUUUUAAAAUUUUUUUUUGAUUUAAAAAUUUUCAAAUAUGUGGGAUGUAAUUGUACUCAAAUUGUUAAAAAAUGACUUUUUGUCACUUUUGAAAGUUGUUUUAGCUAUUUAAACUGACUUUUUAUUUUGGCGGGAAAAUUUGAAUUCAAAAUUUAACGCCAAUUUUUUGACUGACUUUUUGAAGUAAAUUUCACAUUUUCUUGCAUUUUUAAUCAUUUUUAGUACUAUUUUGAAGAUUUUGAGCUUAAUUUUUCCAGCUUUUAAUCAUUUUCGACCGGUCGAAAAUUCAAAUUUCAAAAAUCCCGCCAAAAUUUAUUUUCGAAAAAUCAGGAUAAAAAUAAAUUUUAAAAAAUUCCUAACCAUUCACAAUGUAUUGCACUGACCUGUUGUCCAUGAAAAACUGUAACAUUUUUAGCCGGUGAGUGUGGGCGGUCGUACGUCGAGCUUGUCGUCGUAUGUGGCCGGUGGUAAGCGUGGUAGUACGGCGUCGGCCAUCUCCUCUUCGUCGCAGGAUCCGAAGAUGUCGGCCGAAGCGCGAGAGUUGCAGCACACCUUCUCCAAACUGAAUGUAAAUGAGUUUUCUAACCUGCUUUUGAUGUGUUUACUGUAUGGGGUUACUGUAUGGGCGUAUGUACUCCUUUGAUCGUAUAACAUGUCUUUUUUGAAAUUUUUUUAAAAUUUGAAAUUGAUUUGAAAAAAGCAUUGCUUUGGGUGUGUAUGCCACGCUUUAGUUGUCGUAUAAUCAUUUUUAUAAGCCAGCAAAGAUGUUGUUAUACCCAUCAAAGCUACUACAAUAUACCAAAUCCUAUGGCUUGUGCGUAGAACCUUUACAAAAGUUUAAAAUAGUUUAAUCAGUAAAGAAUUGACCUUUAGGACCUAUGUCGAAUCAACAAUCAACUACUCAUAGCCUUAGGCGUGGGACACGCCAAAGUUGAUCAGAUUUGCACGCUGCUCGGCCGAUACGGUAUCCAUCCCAAAAUGACUGGUGCGGGCGGUGGUGGCAGUGUUUUCGCGUUCUUGAAGCCAGGUAGGGCUUGGUUUUCAUUAUUAUAGGGUUGGUUAGGGUAAUAUUUUAUAUUUAUUAUAGGGUAGGGCUGAAAUGGGUGAACUUAGGCUAGGGUAGCGCUAAAAUGGGCAUGGCAAAUUUGGCUUGAACUGAAUUGAGGUGGGGUUGGCUUGGAGAGAGCACAAACGUGCAAGGGUCAUCACAGUGACGGUUAGAAUAGGGUAGGAUACGGUAAAGCGCAAUAGGGCACGUUCGUACUCGGUAGGGCUGAAUACCGUACGGAAUUGUAGGGUAGGGUAGGGUAGUAGGGUAGGGUAGGGUAGGGUAGUAGGGUAGGGUAGGGUAGGGUAGGGUAGGGUAGGGUAGGGUAGGGUAGGGUAGUUGGGUAGGGUGGGGUAGAGUAGGGUAGGGUAGGGAGAUUACGAUAGAAUAGGAGUGCAGUUCACGUGUUUAAACAGAAUGCCAAGAUUGGCGGUAAUCUAAAACUCAAAUUUUCAGACACCUCCCAAACGGUCCUAAACAUGAUUCGCGAGGAGUUGUCGAAGGAGGGCUACGAGAUGUGGCAACCCCCCUUGGGUGGGCCCGGUGUAAUGUGCCAUACCGUGAAGCCGGACCUGUUUUUCGCGGGCGGUGGCUCCACGGGCCCCUCCCAGACCAGUCGUUCCAACACACCAGCCGGCUCACACCAAUCCACACCAGCCAUCAAGCACAAGAAGUGA